AUGGUUGACAGCGACGCUGACAGAUGGUACGAUUGGAAACGGGAUAAUUUCAAUGAUCUACUCCAUGGGAGGAACGUUAACGCCGGGAACGAUGCACGACUAACCGGUCCCGAUCAGUUCAAUCGUUCGACUUACAACGACAGUCAGGAAGGAAAUUUCUGUAGCAAUGGGUUCGUCAACCACGCCGCGAUCCCUGGGAGUUCGAGUUCCGGCGCAGAAGUUCGCUUCAUUAAUCCAGCGAUUUACGCCGAGACACUGAACAACGAAGACGAGGAACGAGAGAUCGAAAUUCGCGUGAAGGUCAGUUCUAAAGACAAUGGACUUCCGAUCGAAGGUAAUUGCGGUGACUCCACGGAAAUGAGCGACGUAAUGUCUACGUUGUCCAUCAAGAACGAUUUGGACGCUUCGUUCGCGAACCACGCUGGCGACCAAGCUUCAGCCCAGGACACGUACCGUUGUUAUUCCCUACAUUCGUCUGGAUCCCUGGAAUCUGGUCCUCUACGAUCCAAGUCCGUAAUCUCAUGCGGAGCCCCCAAUCGGGUUGAGAGGCGAUGCAGAAUUGUCGGUAGAGCGGACGGGAGCGACAAACUUUGUUCUGCUAGGCUACUCGAUCCGGAAGUGCAAAGGUUCACUCUGAAUGGACAUCGAGUCGUGCAAGUGUCGACAUCCUCGUUGUCCAGCAUCAGUAUUUCGGAGACCAGAUCGUCGAAAGACGAUCUCCUUAAGAAAAUCCCUUACAGCGAGUGGAUGAGGAGGAAGCAGCAAAUGGCUAGGCAAAAGAAGGAGGAAGAGGAUCAGGUCGAGAGGAAAAAGCAAAUGGAGGCUGAGAGAUUGGCACGCGAGAAGGAGGAGAGGGAAUCUCGGGAACGGGAGAAUUUCUUGAAAUGGAACGAGCGGAAACGGAAGGAGGAGGAGAGGAAGAAGGAGAUUCUAGAGAAGAAAUUGGAAAUGGAGAAGAAGUUGAAUGAGUUCAAGGAUAAUAAUGCAGUGGUGCAGAUUCUGUGUCUUCGUCAGUGGGCUCGUAAAAAGGAAGAGGAAGAGAAAGCUCGUCAAAAGAAAGAGGCGAUCAAGCAGAGGCAGAUCGACGAGGAAAAAAAGAAAAGGUUAGAGGAGAGCACGAAGGCUUAUGAAAAUUGGCGGAAGAACGCGAAGAACAGGCCCAAGCCUGCCACACAGGGGCUUCUGCCUCAUCAGAAAGCAAAGCCAUCGUACGUGAACCCGACACCCUGGCAGGGAAUCGUCAACGAGUCCGAAGACGACGAGGAGAGCUUCUCGAACGGCAAGAGAACUCCGAGCCAGCAGGCCAAGACUAGCAGUAAGAAAGGUACCGCGUAUUUUCAAUGA